AUGAAGAAAUCAAUCAAGUUAAAUUUACCUAUGCAAAUCGGCUUUUUUGUUUAUCAAUAUGCAAAGUUAUGCAUGCUUGAAUUUUAUUUCGAUUGUAUUGAUAAAUUUCUCGACAGUGCAGAUUUUCAAUAUUGUGAAAUGGAUACAGACUUGGCAUAUGUUGCACUUCCAUCCAUCGACGCUCUCGUUAGGCCAGAACUGAAAGCGGAUUACAAACUUGAUUGGUUUUCAUGGGAUUACAAUGCCAAAAUUAAAGCUUAUGAUAAACGUACGCCUGGUUUGUUUAAAACUGAUGUGAAACUGUAA